UUACUUGAUCCGGUGAAUUGUUCUCUGCUGCCCUUCCCUUCCUUUCCCUGUCUUGCAUUGCUUUGCCCAGCGUCACCAACGUCCCGGGAGAACCUCUCCAUGUGCUGAGCGAAGAAAACAGGAUUGGAGAGGGAAUGGGGCAGGCGCUGAGCUGCGGAGAACGUGAAGAGAGUGGGCUGUUCGGUGCGGUUGGGAAAGGUGAGGUUGAGCGCCUUGAGGCUAUGGUAGACGCAGACCCAAGCGUCCUGGAAGAGACUAGUGGGUAUGGGAGGUUGUCUGCGCUGCAUGUGGCGGCUUCAAAUGGUCGGAUCGAGGUUGUUUCUGCGCUUUUGGACCUGUCCCUUAAUCCAGAUAUAUUGAACCGCUAUAAACAGACCCCGUUGAUGUUGGCGGCAAUGCAUGGGAAGAUUUCUUGCGUGCAAAAGCUUAUUCAAGCAGGAGCGAAUAUACUGAUGUUUGAUUCUCUACAUGGAAGAACCUGCUUGCAUUAUGCUGCUUACUAUGGCCAUUCAGAUUGCCUGCAAGCUAUUCUUUCUGCUGCUCAUUCCACCCCUGUUUCAGAUUCUUGGGGAUUUGCAAGAUUUGUGAACAUAAGAGAUGGCGGGGGUGCAACUCCACUGCAUUUAGCUGCUCGGCAAAGCCGGCCUGAGUGCGUUCAUAUCCUUUUAGACAGUGGGGCUCUUGUUUGUGCUUCAACUGGUGGAUAUGGCUACCUAGGAAGUACACCGCUUCAUUUAGCAGCUCGUGGUGGUUCUUUGGAAUGUGUCCGCGAAUUGCUUGCCUGGGGAGCAGAUAGGCAUCAAGUAGAUUCGUCUGGGAGAAUACCAUACACGGUUGCACUGAAACACAAGCAUCGAGUUUGUGCAGCCUUAUUGGAUCCUUCAUCAGCAGAGCCUCUAGUCUGGCCAUCACCUUUAAAAUUCAUCAGUGAGCUCAAUCCAGAGGCAAAAACAUUGUUAGAGACGGCCUUGAAGGAAGCAAACAUGGAGAGGGAGAAGGCCCUAUUAAAGGAGACUGUGUACUCACUUCCAUCUCUGGAUUCUAUUGUUGGAGCUGAUGACACUGCGUCUGAGGCCAGCGAUGUGGAGCUAUGCUGCAUAUGCUUUGACCAGUUAUGCACAAUUGAGGUCAGACCAUGUGGUCAUCAAAUGUGUGCUCAUUGCAUCCUAGCCCUAUGCUGCCACAAGAAGCCCAACCCUACGGCUGCUUGCACCACUGCCCCAGUUUGCCCAUUUUGCAGAAGUAGCAUUACCCAACUGGUAGUUGCCGAGAUUGAAACUAGCAAUGAUUUAGAACUUGAAUUUAGUCCCUCGAACUCGAAGCCAAGGAGAUCAAGGAAGUCAAAUUUCAGUGAAGGCAGCAGCAGUUUCAAGAGCUUAUCUGCCAUGGGCUCAUUCACCAGACUGGGUGGUAUCAGUCCAGGAAAAAUUGCUGCUGAGUGCAACGUGGUGAUUGACAAGCCUUGAAAUAGCAACCACUUCAAGGACUUAGUUUCUCAGAGUGGGGCAGUAUGGAAAUCCUGAAGUUGCUUCGGAACUGAGACCCACAUGGGGAUGGGGUAUGAAUAUCAAACACCAUUUUUAAUUCAUAUAUAUCAUAAUAUUCUAAAAGAAUAUGAGAAUAGAGCAGUUAAGGGUCCUUGGGUAAGUUUAGGUUGAUGAAUUCCAUUCUAUCAAGAUGAGCUUCAUUCAAGUCAUACUAUUAUAGUCCGCGUCGAUGUUCAUCAUGAGGUAAGUAUUCAGAAUCUAUUUUUCCUAGAAAAUAUAGUCAAUUUUCUUUGAUUGCUCAACCAUCUUGGGCAAUUCAAAAUAGACAACUCCCGAGAAGUAGACCUACUGUAUAUCCUACUGAUGGAAACUGGCCGGGAGAGGAUUCUGUUUAAUCCACUAAGAAAUGGGGUCUAAGACCUGAAACAGCCGAGCUACAGCAAUGCUUAUCUACUCAUCUCUAGGGCUGAUUUCUACUCCUGCAAUGCUUUGUGGAGCUCAAAGCAAUGAAAAGUGUAUGGAUUUCAUUCAUGUCAUGAACAAUGCACGUUUUUAUUCCUAAUGGUCCGAAAAUCUGGACUUACUAUUUCUUUCCAA